AUGCCCAACUUCGCCUCAACGGCGACUCCUGGGCCAGCGGAGCAUGCGGACCCGAACGUCCUCGAGGUCACAUUGCCUCAGUUCGUCAAGCCUCAAGUGCCAAUCUCUCCUCCUAUUCUUGUGUCUUUCUGCGAGACAAGGUCAGAUGGAAACAUACCUCACAUGUAUCAGGCUCGGCUGGUGAUUUCGAGCAUCAACGGCGUUCCGCAAGACCCUCGCUUUCCUCCCCCGACCGAUACCGUGUUGGAAGGUAUUGCCGCAACACCCUUUGCUCUGAGGACCGCCAAUAAGCUCUGGUUUCUCUUUGGAGACCUCAAGUUCAAGCCUGAGUGGGAGGGCUACCGGUUCAAGUUUGGCAUUCAGCUAUGGGCAUGUUGGUACGACAAGACCAUCAAGAGCUGGGAGGGGGAAGUGUACCAGGGCGAGAUUGAGACGGGCGAAAUCGCCUGCAGCCUGACGGAAGAGUGGAUGGCAGACUCCGAUUCACAGGCGUGGGACCUGGCCCAAGUCGAGUCGAUUCGAGCGGUUGCGAGAGCCCAACCAGCGGCAACUCUGGGGGAGUUGACGCGCAAGUUUAGCAAGAUUACUCUGCACCCCGACCUUUUGACGGGUUCAUGGACGAGCCCUGACCGGCCGUCGCGACGGACAGGCUGA